UAACAAUAUGGGUACUUCAUUCUCAAAAAUUUGGGGAAGAUUCUUUGGAAAGAAAGAAAUGAGAAUUCUUAUGGUUGGUCUUGACGCCGCUGGUAAGACAACCAUCCUCUACAAACUCAAGCUUGGAGAAGUCGUGACAACCAUCCCAACUAUUGGAUUCAAUGUAGAAAAUGUUGAAUACAAGAAUAUUUCCUUCACUGUAUGGGAUGUUGGAGGUCAAGAUAAGAUCAGACUGCUCUGGAGACAUUACUACCAGAACACUCAGGGUAUCAUCUUUGUCAUAGACUCUAAUGACAAGGACAGAAUUGAAGAUGCAAGAGAAGAAUUGCACAGAAUGCUGGCAGAAGAUGAGCUUAAAGACUCUCUUCUCCUCAUUAUGGCUAACAAGCAAGACUUGCCAGGAGCUUUGACUCCUCCAGAGAUCACUGAUAGUCUAGGUCUUCAUACCAUCAAGGGAAGGCAGUGGUUCAUCCAGGCCACCUGAGCUACUACUGGAGAUGGACUUUAUGAAGGUCUAGACUGGCUCUCAAAGAAUGUCACUGGAAAGUCAUCCUAAUUUCUACUACUUAGUAA